ACACAGUCAGCAUUUUAUCCAAUUGGAUAAUGCCGACUCUCCUUGCUUCUUCUUGAUCUUUCACCAGUGGCUUUCAAGCAAAUACCGUAAAUUCCAGGGGGUUUAUAUCCAACAAAGAUUAAAUAAACCUCCACAAGGUCGGUUUAACUUUAGAUUUUAGUCUCUGCAGAAAACCAGAAAUGAAAACCAAACCAGAGCAGCAGAAAGUACAAAACAACUCAAACACACAGACAUAUUGAUGAGUCUCCCUGAUUCUGAGCAGACCCAAAAGCCAGUUUUCACAGCAGAGCCCAUAGGGAUAUCCCAAAACCAUUACAGAGUGAAAAAGAAACCAACUUUGUAUGUAUCUGCAUCAGAAGCAAUCGUAUUUGAUUGACUUAGAUCGGAGAAGAAGACCGGAAAGCUCAAAAAGAUUGGAUUUUGAAUCCAAUAUCCGAAACCCAGUUUGUUUAACACGUCAUCGCCACCACCCACUUCGAUUCUUUUCAAAGCUAAGAUCAUUUCAUCAUCACCAAACCCAAAUCCAAAAAUCGAAACUUCAGGUUCUAUGAGGAACCCAUUUCCAAGACUCCAUUUUUAUCUAAUACCCUGUUCUCAGCUCAGCUUUGAAGUCCUAUAAUAUGACCCUAUCCCACUCUGCUACUCUGUCUUCUCUGCACAAUCACUACCACCACAACAACCAUAGUCAUUUGAAUUCAGGCCCUUCUUCUUCUUCUUCGUCCGCUUCCACUUCUUUUCUCUGCUCUGCUUCUCUGGCAAUCAUUCCCUUUGCCACAAGGACUCUGGUUCUGAAGCUUUUUCGCCAUUUCCGGUGUGCCCAUUUGCUCAGAGUUCACUGUCGAUUGAUUGUUCUCCUUCUGGUGCCUUCUCUCUACUUCAUCACAAGUCCUCGCCGUAGCUUCAUUCUUGAUUUCCUCUCUGUGAUCGCUUUCUCUGCUGCCAUUCUCAUUUCUUUGAACGUUGCGCUGCCGCGUUUGGUCUCAAUUCGGUUGUUUCUUGCUCGGUCCUUGCCGCUUUGUUCAUCUUGUUACACCUCCAAGCUGAACAAGCCUCCCCCGCCUGUUCUUUGGUCAAUUGGGUCCAAGCCAAAAUCGGAGAAGAGGCCAAACUCUGGUUCCUGGGUGCAGGUUUAUAGCAAUGGGGAUGUUUAUGAGGGUGAGUUUGAUAAAGGGAAGUGCUCAGGAAGUGGGGUUUAUUAUUAUAAUAUGAGUGGGAGGUAUGAGGGUGAUUGGGUGGAUGAGAAGUAUGAUGGUCAUGGUGUGGAGACUUGGGCUAGAGGGAGCCGGUAUCGCGGGCAGUAUAGGCAGGGCUUGAGGCAUGGAAUUGGGGUGUAUAGGUUCUUCACCGGUGAUGUUUAUGCCGGAGAGUGGUCUAAUGGGCAGUGUCAUGGGUGUGGAAUACAUACUUGUGCGGAUGGGAGCCGGUAUGUUGGGGAGUUCAAGUGGGGUGUCAAACAUGGACUUGGUCAUUAUCAUUUCAGGAACGGAGACACAUAUGCUGGGGAAUAUUUUGCUGACAAGAUGCAUGGGUUUGGAGUGUAUCAGUUUGGAAAUGGACAUCGUUAUGAAGGAGCCUGGCAUGAAGGAAGAAAGCAGGGACUUGGUACAUACACUUUCAGAAAUGGUGAAACACAAUCUGGUCACUGGCAAAAUGGGGUUAUUGAUCCCAGCAUGCAAAAUAGCCAACCUGGAUCUCCAUAUGCUGUCAACCAUGCCAAAGUUCUAAAUGCAGUCCAGGAUGCACGGAGAGCUGCUGAAAGAGCAUAUGAAGUGGCGAAGGUGGAUGAAAGAGUGAAGAGAACUAUAGCAACAGCUAAUAAAGCAGCAAAUGCUGCAAGAGUUGCGGCUGUAAAGGCUGUGCAAAAACAGAUACAUCAGUAUAACAGUGAUGGCACCUCUCCCUCACAACUUGUUUAAUCUUUAACAGAUCAAUCUAGAACCAUCUAAUUCGAUGCAUUCCCAAUAGCCAUGAGAUAUCAUCUUGUUGACAGGUGCUCGUAUUACUCCUGUUUUGUCCGGAAAAUGAGUAGGCAGCAUCACCCUUCUGCAGCGUGUUUCACUAUUACUAGAAUGCCACGCAAAUGGUUCUUUUGUUUUGUUCUCUUUACUUUUGUAGUUUUUUGUCUUCUCUGUGAUAAUUACUAUGGGCACACCCUCCUGGAACCACAUUCAGUCAUUCUUAUAUAUUUGGCUGUUUGAGGAGCAGGCAGGUUUUCCAUUUCCUUGGCUAUAAAAAUAUGUACAUAGGAUGAGUCCCGAUUAAGAAGAGUGUUCCAAAUUCUGAACCGAAAGUGUCAGAAUGUAUAGUCCAGGGUUGCUUUUACAUUUUUCCUUUCAUGUUAUGUAAACGUAAGUGGAUAUAAUCUUAUAAUUAUGCGUAAUUGUUCCUGGAUGAACACUUCACUCUUGU